AUGAGCGCCCACAGUAAGGCGUCUGGUUUUAGCGACCAUAUUUCCCUGAGGAGCAAGGAGCAGGAGGACCCCGGAGGCCCCAGAACCCCGCGGUCACGUGUCCUAGGCUUGGAUUUGGUUUCGGCGGGAAGCGGCGAAGGCCAAGGCCAGGGCCAGAACCCGGGCAGGGGCAGAGGGAAGAGCGGGCCCUCAAGCCUGCAGGCCCUCAAGCGGCAGUUGGAGUCGGAAUCUGAGCCUGAGUCGCAGCUGGAGAUGUUCCAGGAGGGCGCGGCGGUGCUUUGGGGCUGCGAGGCCCGGCCUAAGACGCCCACCACCGACAGACAGGGCGCCGGGGGGCCAGCGUUCCAGUUUGCUGAGGCGUGUGCUGCCAUCCUGGAGCCGCUGAGUGUUAGCGUGGCGCGGGGACUUCCGGGAGUAGAAAGAGGCGCCACCAAAGCGGCCGCCGCUUGGGCCCCUGUCGAGGCAAGCAUCAACGGUAGAGGCGGGUUGGGCCCGAGCUGUGCGGAGUCCCUGCAGCGUUCUGCUGCCCCUCGGCCAGUGAGUGCCGUCAGGAAAGGCCGAGACCAGGGCCGCAGCAAGACAAGAAGCGCCAGGCGCCGCCUGAUAUUCACCACGGAUGAGCAGCGCGCUGGCACGGAAGGCUGGCUCCAGCUGCCUUCUGACCCAGAGUCCUCGGAUGACUUCUGGGACGUGCAGCCCAUGAGGGUGAGCCCUCUCCUGGAAAGAAGAGACCAGACCAAGGGCCACAGCUCUGAGGAACCGCCAGAGAGCCCCAGAGCCUCGACUUCCCAUGGAAGCCUGCCCCAAGCCACUUCUAAGAAGAAGGAAGCAAAAGAGAAGAAACCCCUAGUGGUUUCUCCCGAGUUUGUCCUGGGGUCAGCCUUUGCUCCAUGGGGCCAGAGACCAUCAGCAGCUCCAGUGUAUCCAGCCACCUUCCCUAAAAUCCCUGGCAUUUCACUGCUUGAGGAGCCAGAUACAUCUUUCUCGCUCCCUUGGGUGCACAAGCAGUCCCAGCAGGGUGACACUGGGAAGGACUCUGCAGCCAGGAGGAAGUCCCAGCCUGUGGCUGCAGACCGUGGCCCAGACAGAGAUCCAGACUCAGGGGCUCAACUUCCAGCAGAUAAACCAGGGACACCUUGCAAGUAUGUGCCUGGUGGAGAAUUCAGCAGUGGAGAACAUAACAGAAGACACCUCCAAGAUUCAGAAAACUCGGAGGCUUCAUCCCUGAGUCAGGACAGUGUCACACCCAGAGGCCCUGCACUCUCCAAUGAGUCUGAUGACCAGGAACCACCUGCCCGUCCUCGGAGACCAGCAAGGCAGCAGUUACCACCUGGAAUUGAGGACUGUCCUCGGCGUGCCAUGCUGCAGAAGGAAGUACAUGACGUUCGGGAACAACUCGCAGUGGUACGGUCCCUCACUGAGAAGUUCCAGAAGCUGUGA